AUGGUGCCGGAGAAGUUCCUCUUCGGCAGCGGGUACGAGCAGACGGGGCUCGCCGGCAUCGCCGACCUCCUUGCGCUCGGCCGGCAGUCCAUGUCCCUCAAGUCACAGGAGUCGAGCGCGUACGGUGGGGUCUUCUCCUACUGCCUCCCGCCCAAGACGUCCGAGCUCGAGGAGAGCACGUUUCAGUCGUCUCCUUCUCCGUCUAGGAAGAAGCUGCUGAUCGACCGACUGUGCUCCUUAUGGCUGCCGGCGAUGCUUCACUUCAUCCUUCCCCGGCGCCCGUCUGACGACAUUGUCCGCACUCAGAUUAUUCCUCCCCGCCACUCCAUUAAUCCACAACUGGGCCUGCUCGAUCUCGUCAGUUCCUUCUCGGCGACGCCUGCCUCGGCACCUCUGCUCCUGUCUCCCUUAGUUGGCCGCCAUGAGGACGUCAAUGCGAGGCCUUCCACAUUUCGGGGCGAAGUCCUCGUGGAGGUAUUUGCUGUGCAUUCCGACUUCCCCUUCAGUGGCACCAUUUCUCUCUUCGACGGACGUGCUGCCAACUAUAUCUACAGACGUCACGAUUGGGAUUCGAAGGCAGAUUUCUAUUCGCGACAAAAUGAAUGGUUGACAACACACGCGGACUCCUCCUCCAAAUUCAAGCAUGAGCUGCCGCUCACCGGACCAGGUCGUGCCAUCUCGGCAUUUAGCGGCUUUGGCAUCCAUGUUGACGUCCCCGCGACGGAUGAGCAUUACGGAGUAGCAUGCUAUGAAUCGCCUGACGAUUGGGACGAAAUUACCAAGCCCGACCAGCCCAACACCAUAACCAUCGCGACCAACAUGGGUUCUUUAUACGUGGAGUGCUCGGUGCUAACUAACGCCGUGCGUGCCGAUGUGAAGCUCAUGGUGCGCCUGCCUUGGUUGUACGCUUUCGCCUUCGUGAAUGGUCGUGUCAUGGCGUACAUCGACACGUUUGAGGUUGGAACCACACUCUUCAGCAGAGGCGACGACAUCCGUGACGCGGAGGAUGUCCCCUUCACAGACUCGGAAGAAGGCACCACUAUCGGCACAGAGUUCCGCCUUCCAUUGGACCGGUAUCCCCUCGUGGUGCCAAUUGGAUCGUGUCUGCACAUAAAGGGGGAACUCGUGGUGAAUGGAUCAGAAACAAUAUCUAUCAAUCAUUCUAUCCCAACCGAUAGUCCCGACUUCGAGACAGGUUGGGACGAGGACGAGGAGUUAGAAAUCCAAACCGCUGUAUGGUUAAGUCUUAGGGAUGUAUGGGCAUAA